GGCGGACGUGGCUCACCCGCAACGUCUCCCCUCACGCUCCGGAGCUCCAGAGCGGGCCGCCGCGGGCCUCGUCCUCUCCCAGCGGUCCGGCCGGCGGCCCCCUACCCCCCUCCCCCUCUCGGAAGCAGCCCUGACCGCCCCCUGUCCGUCGUUACCAGCAUCCCCAGCGAGCUCGGGGAAGCGCUAGGCCCUUGCCCGUCCCGGCGAGACCCCCCCCCCCCCCCCCCGGCGUCCACCGCGCAGUGGGAGUAUGGCAGCCUCGGGGGUGGAGAAAAGCGGUAAGAAGAAGUCCGAGAAGAAACUUGCUGCUCGAGAAGAAGCUAAAUUGUUGGCAGGUUUUAUGGGCGUCAUGAAUAACAUGCGGAAACAGAAAACAUUGUGUGAUGUAAUCCUCAUGGUCCAGGACAGAAAGAUACCUGCACAUCGUGUUGUCCUCGCUGCAGCCAGUCAUUUCUUUAACUUAAUGUUCACCACUAACAUGCUUGAGUCGAAGUCCUUUGAAGUAGAACUUAAAGAUGCUGAACCUGACAUUAUUGAACAACUUGUGGAAUUUGCUUAUACUGCUAGGAUUUCUGUGAAUAGCAACAAUGUUCAGUCUUUGUUAGAUGCAGCAAAUCAGUACCAGAUUGAACCUGUGAAGAAAAUGUGUGUUGAAUUUUUGAAAGAACAAGUUGAUGCUUCAAAUUGUCUUGGUAUAAGUGUGCUUGCAGAGUGUCUGGAUUGUCCUGAACUGAAAGCAACAGCAGAUGACUUUAUUCAUCAGCAUUUUACUGAAGUUUACAAAACUGAUGAAUUUCUGCAACUUGAUGUAAAACGAGUAACCCAUCUGCUCAACCAGGACACUCUCACUGUGAGGGCAGAGGAUCAGGUUUAUGAUGCUGCAGUCAGAUGGUUGAAAUAUGAUGAACCUAAUCGCCAGCCAUUUAUGGUUGAUAUCCUUGCUAAAGUCAGGUUUCCUCUUAUAUCAAAGAAUUUCUUAAGUAAAACAGUACAAGCUGAACCACUUAUACAAGAUAAUCCUGAAUGCCUGAAGAUGGUGAUAAGUGGGAUGAGGUAUCACCUACUAUCUCCAGAGGACCGAGAAGAACUUGUAGAUGGAACAAGGCCUCGAAGAAAAAAACAUGAUUACCGCAUAGCUUUGUUUGGAGGCUCCCAACCACAAUCUUGUAGAUAUUUUAAUCCAAAGGACUAUAGCUGGACGGACAUUCGCUGCCCCUUUGAAAAGCGAAGAGAUGCAGCAUGUGUAUUUUGGGACAAUGUAGUGUACAUUUUGGGUGGCUCUCAGCUUUUCCCCAUUAAACGAAUGGACUGCUAUAAUGUUGUGAAGGACAGCUGGUAUUCCAAACUGGGCCCUCCAACACCUCGAGAUAGUCUUGCUGCCUGUGCUGCAGAAGGCAAGAUUUACACAUCUGGAGGCUCAGAAGUAGGAAAUUCAGCUUUGUAUUUAUUUGAGUGCUAUGACACAAGAACUGAAAGCUGGCACACCAAGCCUAGCAUGCUGACGCAGCGCUGCAGCCAUGGCAUGGUAGAAGCCAAUGGCCUCAUCUACGUUUGUGGUGGAAGUUUAGGGAAUAAUGUUUCUGGGAGAGUGCUUAGUUCCUGUGAAGUGUAUGAUCCUGCCACAGAAACAUGGACUGAACUAUGUCCAAUGAUUGAGCCCAGGAAGAAUCAUGGGCUGGUAUUUGUAAAAGACAAGAUAUUUGCUGUGGGUGGCCAGAAUGGCUUAGGUGGUUUGGACAAUGUGGAAUAUUAUGAUAUUAAAUUAGAUGAGUGGAAGAUGGUAUCACCAAUGCCAUGGAAAGGUGUAACAGUGAAGUGUGCCGCAGUUGGCUCUAUCAUUUAUGUCUUGGCUGGUUUUCAAGGUGUAGGCAGAUUAGGACACAUCCUGGAAUAUAAUACUGAGACAGAUAAAUGGAUAGCCAAUUCCAAAGUCCGUGCUUUUCCAGUCACAAGUUGUUUAAUUUGUGUGGUUGAUACUUGUGGAGCAAAUGAAGAGACUCUUGAAACAUGAAAAACAAGGGGACUUGAAAACUCAGCAGAGACUCAAAAAUAUAACCACCACGGCUUUGUUCCAAGAGUUUUGGUUACAAAGUUCUGGAUUGGUAUUUUGGUAAAGGAAGUUUCAAGUGAGUGAAGGAAGAUCCUAUAAAAUAUUUCUUUUAUAUGGAUUUCCUACUUAAUUCAAAAAUGAUAUUUAACUGGCUACCUACCCAAGAACAUAUUAGCCAGAAAACUUG